AUGUCUACAUUCAAAGGCAUUGUAGCUGAGUUCCCCCAGAUCAGGCUCGAUUACUUCCGGCACCAACCUGAACACAAAGCGCCCUUAGCGUGCUUCCUCAGUCAUGUGCAUUCAGACCACCUUGCGGGACUUGAUUCAUUGCGAGCACCUUUUGUUUAUUGCUCGGCUGCUACCCGAGAGAUUUUGCUACGGCUCGAGAAAUUCCAUUAUCGAGUCAAUUUUGCGAAAGGUAUACUCGAGAGCCGUAACGUUACAUAUGACAGGAGCAUGCGCAAGCUGGCAAAACCACUUCCGCUGGACACGCCUACUACGAUCGAGCUGGCGCCUGGCAAUAGCAUCCGAGUUACCUUGAUCGACGCCAAUCACUGCGUUGGUGCUGUUAUGUUCCUCAUCGAAGGGAACGGCAAAGCAGUGCUCUACACGGGCGAUAUUCGCGCAGAGGCAUGGUGGGUCAACUCAAUCGUUCAGAAUCCUGUUCUAGCCCCCUACGCACUUGGACUACGAAGCCUUGACUGCAUCUACCUUGACACCACGUUCGCGACCAAGCAUGCGCCUUACAAGACCUUUCCCUCAAAGGCGGAGGGCAUCAGAGAGUUGCUGGAGCAAGUCAGCUCUUACCCGCAGGACACUAUAUUCUACUUUCACGCCUGGACGUUUGGCUACGAAAAUGUCUGGUAUCGCACGCGCAUAUACGGCUCGCUAUCCUCAUUGGAUAGGAGAAGUCUGAGAGAAGCAGGACUUGAUGUGCAGAGUGAAAAUAAGUUUUUGAGAGAGGCAGGCAUCGAGAUACGUGAAGCCGCUGCGCUUUGCGGGUUCAGAAACGGCAACCAUGUGCAGCCGGGCUGCUUAACUUCAUCAGAGAAUGCUCGAAUACACAGCUGUGAGCGCGGAAUGGGCUGCAGUGUCAUGGACAAAGAUGCAGAUAAGAACAUUGUCCACAUCAUCCCAAUCGUUACUCGGGCCAACGGUAUAGAGAUUGCGGAGUUGGGCGCUGGUGGUGGCAAAGGCGACCUCGACCAGAAGGAAGAGCUGGAGACUGGCGAUGUCGCUGCUAUAGGUCGACUGAUGGAGCUCUGUGUUCAAUCCAUCGACAAUCCAGACUUAUCAUCAAAGGUGCUAGCAUUGCUGCAGCAUGCUCUCAAUACAGGCGAGGCCUCGAUGGAUUUUGGCCUGCAGUUGCAGAGGGAAACCCAAGCCAGCGAGGACGAUCUUUCGUUGCAGAACUUCGUCGCCGCUCUGGCAUCACGUGCUUCCAAAACGCACGAUGAUAGUAAGGGAACGCAUCGAACCAAGACCAUUCGAUUCCCGUACUCACGACACUCUUCGUACUCGGAACUUUGCGAACUCGUUGCUGCAUUCAAUCCCCGCGAUGUCUUUCCGUGUACAGUGGACGAGUCAACCUGGACCCCCGGCUUCAGUUCGAGGGCUCUCUUCGGUGAGCAUUGCUCAGCGCAAAUCUUCCGCCACGAUGCUGAGAUGCUCCGUAUCUUCCAGAAGAGACAGCCUCUUGCAGGCUCCCAGAAGCGGGAUCAGGAUGAGAGUCAACAAAACACGCAGUUUGAGACUGCCCCUGAGAUCACGAUUUCAAACAUUACGAAGCCGGGGGUCGCAGAAUUGAACGCUGAGCAAGUUGUGAAAGAGCCCAAGGCCGAGGAAGAGCAAAUGAUGGCGGAUGUUGCAAAAUCAACUACGAAAGACUUCAGUGAACAGCGGUCUGCAUUAGAUCCGAUGCCUGGGCUAUCGGCAGAGCAACCACCAGCGGAACCACCGGUAAAAGAAGGGCUGGCGUUCGCGGCUUCCACACCACGCCCUUACAUUACUUCGAGCAAGAAUAGAACAUGGCCAGAGAGGAAGCGGAAGUCGACUAACGCGCAGCUGGCGUACGAUGCUGCUAUUGGCACGCACUUAACAUGGGCUGAUUUCGGGGGUUUGGUAUCGACGGGGAGCAACGCAGUGAGGCAGGAAGACAUUCUCUAA